AUGAUUGCCGUGGUGUGUGUGGACGCUGUUGAGGUAAAGAUGAGCAGUGGGAAGGUCGUGGUGAUCGUGAUUGAAUUUGCUGAGGAGGUUGUGUGCGCCAGAGUGGUGGGCCUCAAUACUAUCUGUGGAUGCAGUGUUCCUGUUGGUUUUAUUAGCGACACCCUGGAACUGCGCCUUUGGACUGGCCUUCUGCAUGGCUUUCAAUAA